GGGCUGUUGGCGUGCCCCAGCUGACUUCCGCUCGGGGUGCCCUCGCACCGCAGUCGCAUCAUGUUCGCCCGAUCGCGGUGGCUGCCCCGGAGCUUCAGCCGCUUGGCCGCGGCCCUGCAGGGUAAUGGUUCACAAGGACCAAGAGGUGUCUCUGGUCUUUUAGUAUGUCAUCGAUCCAUUUAUGAUAAAAGCAGGCAGCUUCCUGAAAGUGGCUCCAAAUUCAGCAUCUUCCAUAUACGACACUUCAGAACCUCAGUAGUUUUCAAUGAUGAAGUGAUGACAGUGAAUACACCAGCAUUUGCAGAGUCUGUCACAGAGGGAGAUGUCAGGUGGGAAAAAGCUGUUGGUGAUGAAGUAAGUGAAGAUGAAGUGGUUUGUGAAAUUGAAACUGAUAAAACAUCAGUGCAGGUCCCUGCACCACAUUCUGGUAUCAUUGAGGAGCUCCUGGUCCCUGACGGCGGUAAAGUGGAAGGAGGAACCCCUCUCUUUAAACUCAGGAAGACAGAAGCUGGUGCUACGAAGACCAAGCCAGCAACCCCCUCUGCUGCUAAAGCAGAAACUCCAGUUCCACCUCCAACCACAGCACCGCCACCACCUCCCGCAGCCACAGCAGGGGCAAUUCCAACCACGAUGCCACCUGUGCCUCCUGUACAUACACAACCCAUUGAUAGUAAACCUGUAUCAGCAGUGAAACCUACUGCAGCUCCUGUUGGACAGUUAGCUUCAGAUGUUGGAUUCAAAGGUGUCAGAUCAGAGCAUAGAGUUAAAAUGAAUAGAAUGCGACAGCGAAUUGCACAGCGACUAAAGGAGGCUCAGAAUACUUGUGCCAUGCUGACGACAUUUAAUGAGAUUGAUAUGAGCAAUAUCCAAGAAAUGAGAACUUUGCAUAAAGAAACCUUCCUCAAGAAGCACAACUUGAAGCUGGGCUUCAUGUCUGCAUUUGUUAAGGCGGCCAGUUUUGCACUGCAGAACCAGCCAGUGGUAAACGCUGUUAUCGAUGAUACAACCAAAGAAAUCAUCUACAGGGAUUAUAUCGACAUCAGUGUAGCUGUAGCAACGCCAAAGGGUCUGGUGGUUCCUGUAAUUCGAAAUGUUGAAACAAUGAACUAUGCUGAUAUUGAGAAAGCAAUCAAUGAGCUAGGAGACAAGGCACGCAAGAAUGAGUUGGCUAUAGAAGACAUGGAUGGAGGUACUUUCACAAUCAGUAAUGGUGGAGUGUUCGGCUCGAUGUUUGGCACACCAAUUAUCAACCCACCCCAGUCUGCCAUCCUGGGUAUGCAUGGUAUCUUUGAGAGGCCAGUUGCAAUCAAGGGUCAGGUGGUGAUCCGCCCCAUGAUGUAUGUGGCCCUAACCUAUGACCACCGCUUGAUUGAUGGAAGAGAAGCAGUAUUUUUCCUCCGAAAAAUUAAAUCUGCAGUUGAAGACCCUCGUGUGCUGCUGCUUGACAUUUAAGCCCCAUCACAAUUAUCUAAAGAGAAACACACAUACUCAAAAUGUCAUAUGCAUUUUCAUAUUAAAUAAUUGUUCUACCUUUUUGAUGUUUUAAAAGAAAUCUAAAUGAAUGUUUUAUGGACAAAUUGCAAUUCUGUUGGAAUUGUUUAUAAUGGAAGGGUAUAGCAUGUCAGGGACUUUAUAACUAAUUUAUAUUGUGAGCAAACUAACAUUGCAAUCAUUACUGAUAUGUUAUAUUGAGGGAGCAGCUGUAAGUAGUGUCAUUCACAAUUUAGUAUUAUGAAACUGGCAAUUACAGCAAAAGAAGUGAGAAUUGACUAGUAUUGGAGCUGGAAAUACCGAAUUUAUUAACUAAUACUCAUAGUGAGACAUGUUGCCAAGGCAGAUAUCUAACAAAUGGUACAUUUGAUUCAGGAAUGUUUCACAUCUGUGAGCAUAUUUCAUCCUCCAGCAUUAAUAUCUUUAUCUUGAUAUAAAACAUACUGACUGAAAGAGUACUGUUGCAAUGUUAUUUCCUAUCCAGCUACGUAGGAGCAAAUUUGUUGGUAUAAGGUUGCUUUGGGAACUUUGAAUAGCAAAAGUUUCAUAUUUAUCACUUAGAGAACAGGGGACAUGCAACCAUUUGUUCUUAAAUUGGCUGUAACACCAGGCUUUCAAGUAUCUGCUUCCAAUCUUGGCCAUUGAAGACGGUUGAUGAAAAGAAUCAAUCCCUGCCACUGUCUGUAAGGAGUUUGUACAUUCUUCUUGUAAGCAUGUGGGUUUCAUCCGGGUGUUCUGGUUUCCUGCCACAGUCCAAAGACUUGCCAGUUGGUAGGUUAGUUGGUCACUGUAAGUUGUCCCGUGAUUAGGCUAGGAUUGCUCGGUGGUGCAACUCAAAGGGCCAGUAUGGCCUUUUAGGAACACAGAAAAAAGUGGUUUUAUUGAGAUACAGUAUCUCAAUAAAACAAACCACUCUUGCCUAAACAAUCCAAUUUGGCGUCCUAAAAUAGACAACAAAUGCAGAAGGAGUACAACUAACAGUGCAAGGUGAUUACUAUUAAUUUUAGAUGGGUAUGAAUUUGCAAUGUGGAAAUGUGUUUACAGGUUUUAAUUUGUUCUUCAUUGAUAGGUCUUUGUACUGGGCUGAUUUCUUGUUCCCGCUCUCGUCACCUCCAUAGCCCAAAAUUGUCUAGCUUAUGUCAAGUUACAAGCAUUCAUGCCACUAUCUUACCAAAUCUGUUCAACCUGAUGUUAGUCCACAUUUCCAAAUGAUUCAUUAUGGGACCAGCUUAAUACAAAUCCACUUAGUUAACAGCAUAUUCUGUUCAAAUCAAACCCUGUUUCCGAGCACUGAAUUUCCUUAUCCUCUGAGAAUUAAGCAGUCUUUUGAAAUUUUAAACAUACGCACAACUUUUAUUUUAAUCUCAUACAAUGUUGUGGUGAGCAGGUGGUAUUAAGGUUAGCACAAUAUUAGGGUCAGUAAACUUAAUCAUCAGGUCGUGUAUUAUUUGGAUAAAUGUAGAUCCUUCUGUAGAGAGGAGGAUUUUUAUUGACAGCUGCUUCCUGACAUGAAAUGUCCUUCCUGUAUAAAUGAAUUACAGUAAUACAAUUUAAUAGAAUAGUGGGAAGAUGGUUCCAAAUGAGAAUAAAGUCAACAAUGUUUUUACAGAACAGUCACAGGAAUGUGUGCAUUUAGUAUUGAGAACAAGCUGGAUGUGGUGGGGAGGAGAUUUGCACUUUGAAGGUAAUGGUGCAUUUUUUUCCGUUGAGUUUAUUUUUAAUAUUAGGUAGUGAGAUUCACAUAAUCGUACUACACUGCGUGUUAAGUGAAAAAAGGAGUCCUGUCCUUAACUUGUGUUUUGAGACGGAGAUAUACACCAGUACAAAAUCAGAGGUGCUGUUCCUACAGAUUUACAUACAUUUUCCUGGAUCUUCGUGAUAGUGACAAUAUUUCUUCCCUCAACCUGUACAGCUUUUAAAUGUUCGAUACAUGGUGUGCACUGUGAUUUCAUAUGUGACACUAGCUGACCUGUUUCCAUCAGCACAGGGCAUAGUUAGAUAUAUGUAUGUUGCUUUUUUAGAAGUUAACUGCACAGCGGUGCAGUCAUUCGCAAGAGGGAAACAUCUGUGAUUGAGAGAAAUACAUCGGUUACCUACAAGUUACAGAGGAGAAAUUUUCAGUAGCUUUAUUCUGGGUGUGCUACCGAGCAGUCUUAAGUACUGUAUUCCAACUGGAUGCAGUUAUGCCACAGUUUAUUGUUGUGCAGCUUACAUCUCUGCCAGUAGGUGCUUUCCCAGGCGUGACAUUUAUUGGUAUACAGGAUGUUUAUAUUUACUUUGCAGGGCAGUUAUUUAAAUUACAAAAAGUCUGAAGCAUUUAACCAAAAACAAGGCAGUAAGUUGAAAUGUUGAAAGGGAGAAUUGGUGAUGUAAUGGUAUUUGAAAUUAAUAAAUGUGACUUCAAAUCCUC